AUGGACGCCGUUAAAGCUGGUUUUGAGAAAGCCAAAGAAGUUGUUGCUGGUAAAUGUGCUGAAGAACACGCAGAAAAAGCCAAUGAUCCAAGAUUACCGGCACAUGAACGUGUUGAGCAUGCGUUAGAAGCUGGUAAAGCGCAAGUAAAAGAAGAAAAACAUGCAGCCAAAUCAGAUUCUCAUGCUAUAGACGGAAAAUUAUCAUAA